AUGGAUAAAGCACUACAGGCAGGCCUUUCAGCAGGCAUGUCCGAUGUAUCGGGCUUUCAUUCCAAGAAACCUAACUGGGCAGACCCAGAAACAGCCGGUGCCAACGUUCUUCCUACUUCAUACUGCCCAGAACCCAGUUCUCGUGUUGAGUUUCCGAGUCCUCAAAAGCCCGUAAAGGCUUCGCAUAUAUGCAUCGGGGCUUGGCCGUGGGGCGACAAGUCGACGUGGCAAUGGGAUGAAAAGGAACUUCCUGAGGUCAUGCUGGCUUGGAGGACGCUUUACGAGGCGGGUAUCAACUUCAUUGACACUGCCGAAGGGUAUGGAAAUGGAGAGAGUGAGCGGAUAAUCGGAGAACUCAUCAAGGACAUUCCUCGUGAGACCGUUGUCAUACAGACCAAGUACUUCAGCACUCCUCUCAAGGCCGCCAACUUUAUUCAUCCCGUCGAUGCGCCCAUCAAGAGUCUCAAGGCCAGUCUUCAGCGCAUGAACCUGGAAUACGUCGAUAUUUAUCUUGUUCACGGGCCGAUUCACCCACAGAGCAUCGCCACCAUUGCAGAGGGUAUGGCUCAGUGUGUUGAACAGGGGCUUGCCCAUUCAAUUGGCGUAGCCAACUAUGAUGUCGAAGACGUUCAGAAGAUCAACGAUGAGCUUGCCAAGUUCAACAUUCCCAUCGCUACAAACCAAUGCGAGUACAACAUCCUCCGUCGCUACCCCGAGCUCACCGGUAAUAUUGAGAAGUGCAAAGCCAGCGGCAUGAUCUUCCAAUCAUACUCAUCACUUGCCCAGGGAAGGUUGACGGGUAAGUACACCAAGGAUAACCCGCCGCCCAAAUCACACCGUUUUAGUAGCUACAAGAUGGAAGAUAUUGAUCCUGCCCUUAAUACUUUGCAGAGGGUUGCUGAGAGACGGCGCAAGAGUAUUGCCGCGGUUGCGUUGAACUAUAAUAUCAGUAAGGGAGUCCUGCCCGUUGUUGGAAUCAGGAACGUUGAGCAAGCGAAAUGUGCUAUUGAGGCGCUUGGAUGGAGACUUACGGAAGCUGAGAUCGUUGAGAUUGAUAAGGUUAGCAUUGUUGGAGACAAGACAAUACUCUGGCAGCAAGGAUAG